AUGGCUACGUCAACUAAAACACAUUAUUUUGAAAUGUUUGCUAACGAAUCAAGAGUCGUAGAAGUUUUGAAAAAAAUGUUAGAAAAUGGAGAAUUGACCUAUUAUCGUUACGUGGGCAUACCCAAUAGAUUGGGGUUAAGAAAGAUGACGGGGAGAUGGGGUCUGAAACUAUAUGGGGUUCUACAAUUUAAGGAACGAGUGAGUCCUAGAACUGUCCGUCAGUUGUUUUCAAGUGAACGUAUUUAUUUGGCAGCAUUGCUUACAGUGAAAAGACCCAUUGUACUAAUAUUGAUGCGGUUGUGGGUGCUGUGCGAAUGUUACGGUUUGCAUUACAAAGAAACACGGUGUUCCAAUACACCAAUCGGUUUUGGGGGUCGAAAAACGGAAAACGAAGUACGUUAUAUGAAACCUUAUAUUAAAGCAUUAACCCAGUAUACAGAGUGUGAGAGAAAUGAUUUUUGUUACAAUAAUUUAAACGGUGCACGACAAAUAUGUAAAUAUAAACUUAUGCUAGAAAAGAAACUGCAAAAACGAGUAUGA